AUGGAUUUGGUUCCAGCAGUUGGUGACUGGAUUGAGGUGCGAUGGCCUUGCCAGUCAGACAGUGCAGACGCGUCCAGUGCUAGCAUCGACCCAGAAUCUGCAGAUGCUUGGCUGUGGUUCAAAGCCCUGAUCGUUCAGGGAGGCCGUAAAUUCUUACUUCGCUUUGAAGAUGGUGGGGAGGCUUGGAACUCCUUGCGGAAGUUGCAAUGGAGGUCACUGAAGGCUUCUUCCCCGGCCCUGCGAGAGAGAGAAGAAUCGCCGGAUGAGACGGUGAUGGACCAGACGGGUUUUGUUCACAGCUUUGAAAUCGAGGAGGAGUUUCUGCGAUUUUGCGACAGUUUGCACAUGCGUCGAGAAGAGUUAGGGGACAAGUCACGUGGCGAUGCCGCGUAUGGUGAAGCUUUGAGUGGAGGCCUCGUUUCUGUACUGAUCCGUCGGGAGGCUUUACCGGAGGGGGAGCGUGAUGUCUAUAAUCGCUUGCACCAACGAUGCAUUCAAGAGGUUCCUCUUGCUUGGCCCGGAUGGAUACAACGUGCAGCUGGGAAGUCUGGCCGUGCCAGGCCUUCUCAGGAUCUUCGUGUUCUACAGUACUUCGAAAAGGCCAAUUUCAAGGCACAUGUCGACAGUGGCUGGGCAUGUCAAGCGCUCAUCUAUCUCAAUGAGGAUUUCCAGGGCGGUUAUACCGAGUUUCCCAACCUCGGCGCUCGCUACCGACCCCGACGAGGUCGUGUGCUCUUGUGGCGCUCCAUUUGCGUUGGCUUCAAGGCAGCAGUUCCGGGAAGUCUUGAAGAUCAUCCUGCUCGACAUGUGGCAUGCGAAGUGUUUGGAGGGGUCAAACGUGUGGUAAGUCUUCAUUUAGUGUUGGCCUAG